AUGGCCCGGGGACACGGACUUCGAACGACGGGAGCUCUGGUUCAAAAUGGAUCCCUCGUAGUGAGCAUGACUGCUGAAUCAGCCAGCCAGUCCCGUCUUACGCUACCCGUUACUACUGUAUCUGGCAACAGACGAUCCAUACCCAGUCAGCACCACCAGGCAGGCUCGCCGCCUCUCAAAAUGACUCUGGUAUUACGCACAUCAACCCCAUCCUUCCGCAACCAAGAAAAUAUCAGAGUGCAAGAAUGCACAGAAGCCUUCCAAAAAAUCUCAGCCCUUCACAAACAAAAAGAAGAAUACAUAAAACAACUCGCCCACUCCGAAGGGAUUCUCAACGAACGGCAAAGACUUUUAGACGACGAUGAUGAUGAUGACGACGAGACGAUCGAAUCGAUGCAGGAAGAUCUGAACGAACACGAAAGCCUUGUGUCGAGACAUUUGAAAAACAACCUUGCCCUUCAAGCCGGUUAUCAUGAGUAUAUUCUUGCCUUGUUGAUGAGAGAUGUGGAUUCGAAGUGGUUGAGGCAACGGAGGAGGUCUUUACGAGCGGCUUUUCAUGCGGCGGAAGAUGUUCAUGGGUUGAUUUUGAAGAGGUGCAGAUAUCAUCCGUAUGGAAAGGAAAGACGGGUUAGGGUUGGGAAACGUAGGGGAAAGGUGGAGCGCAAUCGCAACAACCACCAUGCAGAGAUGUCGAUCGUUCCGUUCGGGCAGUUCCAUGAGUUCAUGCUUGCAGAGUUCGGUCACGAGCGCAAGCAUUGGUUGGCGAUCGACAGAUGUGUUCCAGAAGUGCGAAUUCCUAGCCACUCUCACUCAGCUGUGUUCAAGGUCGCGGAACUUGAUGGUGUGAAAGCUCACCUUCCUUCCGAUAUGGAGAAUCCUUUGCGUGAGGGUACUGCAGUGUGA